UUUAAUUUGUUUUGAUUACUUCAAUUAAAAUUUACGUCUUUAAUACUUUUUGGAGUACAAAUAUUCUAAAAACCGUCUUGCGUAGUUUUUGACUGUUUCGGUCAAGCAGACUAUACAAAUUACCGGAAACCAAUUGCAUUCCUUUUCCGUAAAAUAACUACAAUUAGCCGAAAUGGUGUGUGUGCCCUGCUUCAUCAUUCCCGUGUUACUCUACAUUUGGCACAAGUUUUUCCAGCCUAUAGUACUACCAAUUAUACAACGCUACUGGAAUCCUUGGGAGAAAAAGGAUGCUCAGGGCAAUGUGAUAAAGAAUGUUCCGGAAUUUCCAUUUGAGUGCAAAGGAGGCAGCUGUCCAUAUACUGGAUCUAAAAACAAAACUCUAGCCGAUGGCGGAAAUGAAAAGUCAGCUGUUGCGAAUGGCGCUUCCGAUGGUGCUGAAACAGCAACUAUAGCGGAGGCAAAGAAAGACAACUGAAAUUACUUCAGAUUUAAAUAACAUAAACAUGAAAUUUUUACAAAGCUAUGACUAUGUUUGGGUCUCGUCCUUGCAGCAGCUAAAGUACAAACAUAUAUUGUACGAAGACAUAUGCAAAUAGCUAUACAUUUAAGUUUAAGAACAAGAAAGCUGAUAAUUUUUAGCUGUGGUGUGGGUGCAAAGGUGAAUUCACAAAUUUAAUUCAGUUAUGUGUUGUUAAUAGUUCCAAAUUCCGAAACUUCUUCUAUGUAUAAGCACACUUUAAAACAUUUUUGGUAACUAAACAGCAAAAAAAUUUUUGGCUGUAAAUAAAAUUAUUUCAAAUUAUAGUA